AUGUCAUCCCUAAACCCCGUAUUCCUAUUUUUCAUACUCCUUCACAUAGCAUACUCAAAGCCAGAAUGUAGACAGCGGCUAUACGAAGCCAAAGGACCUCCUCAAACUGGUACAAACGGUUUUACGUUGGAAAUCGAAGAAGUUGGAAAAGAAGGCCAAUUAGUAUCAGGAUACAUACCUGGCCACCUUUAUGUUGUACAUGUUAAAGGAAGACGAACUGAAUACAUCGUACAGACAUUUAGAGGUUUUGGAGUUACCGCACAGUUCAAAAACGGAAAACCGGCUGGCAGAUUUGAGUUGGAUAAGGUAAAGUUAUAUUUACAAUGCUAGAUAUAAAUUUCUAGAAAAUAUCAAAUUUUCAAAAAACAAAAAAAAUAGUGCCUUAAGGUAAAAAGGCCAAUAUCAAGCAAUUAAGUUACUAAUAUUCAAAUUUAGGACCGUUCCCGUCGCCCAGAAGCCCGUGUAGCCCCUAAUUGCCGAAAUGCUGGAGUUUCCCACUCAAAUCUACGACCAAAAACAGCCGUUUCAGUCAUCUGGAGAGCUCCAGAAACUGGUACUGAUUGUGUACUAUUCCAAGCUUCAAUCAUUCAGUCCAAAUCAAUAUGGUACGGCGCUGAAGCUGAUUUAAAGAAGGAAUUUUGCAUUAUCAGUAAGUUUUUUAUUUAUUUUUAAUUUUUAGUACUGAUGUUUUGAAUAAGCCUUAAAUUAAAGCCUAAGGGCACUAAGCGUGAGCCUAACAAACAAAAGCCUGUUUAGUUAAAGCUUAUUAUGCCUACGCCUGCUUAGCCUAAUCAUACUGCUAAAAAUUAAAAUUUUUAUAGAUGAUUACCAAAAGAAUGUCCCCAAAGAUGACCUAACAGCUGAAUGUUGCGCAUGCGAUGAAGCUGAUUACGACGUGGAAUUCGUUGGAAUCUGGAGCAAAGAUACCCAUCCUAAAGAGUUUCCUUCUUGUAAGUUUGUAAAGUUAUAGUAACUUUAUGAUAAUUACCAUAAAAAAAAAUUAUGAUUACAAUAAAUUUAAUUUUAGUAGAGCACCUGACCCACUUCACUGAUGUUUUGGGAGCAAGUCACAGUAAGAAAUACCAAAUGUGGAGAGUUGGAGACAUUGCUACAGACGGUCUAAAGGAAAUCGCUGAGUGGGGAAAUACCUAUAAUGGAGAAGCCGAAAUGAAGGCUAAUGUAAGAGAAUUAUUUUCUUAUAAAUUUUAAAUUUAGGCUUGUAUUAAUUAUAUAUAAAAACGCUGCGAGCGCUAGACUUACAGCUAUGAUUACUUAGAAAGCUAUAAUAAGUCUCUAAUUUUCAGGCCUCCGAAGUCAGAACAAUAAUCAAAAUGAAAGGCUUAUGGUAUCCAGAAGUCACUGGUCGUACCUCAGGUCGUUUUCAUGUAAACAAAUACCACCAUUUUGCUUCAAUGGCCGCUAUGUUCGGACCGUCCCCUGACUGGUUUGUAGGAGUUAGUGGAAUCAACCUAUGUUUACCUGACUGUACUUGGGUCGAUGAAAGAGCAUUUGACUUGUUACCUUAUGAUGCUGGUACUGAUAAUGGCGCUACUUAUAUGGUUAGAAUAUUUUUUUAAAUUUUGAAUACCCUUCAUUUCGUCCCUCCCCACCACCUCGAAUAUUCUUUUUCACUCCUGCACUGCCCAGCAUCUAAUACCCCUAAAUUUAGUCGCCAAACAACCCAGCCGAGCCUCGUCUACCGAUUGCCAGAAUCACCACAAAAACCGACAAAAAGAACCCGUUUUAUGAUGAAGCGGCCGAAGAAGUGUCACCAAUGGGCCGAUUGACCAUUAAAAAGAAGCAAACCACAAACAUGUUUGGAUGUAGAACAGAAGAACAGUACAAACAAGAAGCCCACAACAUUACUAACACUUCAGAAGAUGAGGAAUACAAAGAUCGACGUGAGUGCACGAUGAGCAACUGGGAAUCAUGGUCAUUGUGCUCGGCUACAUGUGGAAAAGGCAUCCGAAUGCGCAGCAGAGUUUUCACUUUUCCUAUCAAGGUAAAAUACGAUUUAUAAUAGUUCCACAAUUUAAUUAUAGGUUACUGUAAAUACUCUAACUACGCUCCUCUAAAAAUGACGUAAAAUCUAAGCUACCCCCACUUUUAGGCCCAAAUGUUCCACUGUCAUCGUCAAACCACGGAACGUCAGUUCUGUAACGCCAAAAUCAACGAAUGUGGUGCGGAUUCAGAAGCCUUCAAUACGAAGUGUUCGGUCGAAACCUGGAGUUCAUGGUCAGAAUGUUCGGUUACCUGUGGUAGUGGAAUUCGAACUAGAGAAAGAAAACUGUUGGACCAAAGUCAAGAAGGCACUUGUAAAGUUGAACUUCACGCCAGAGAACGGUGUAUUGGUAAGCUUGCAAAUGUUAUACUUAAUAAUGUGAUUACGGUUCAAAUUACUUAACCAGAUUGUUACGUUUACAAAGAACUUUACAGUGUUACCUAAUAUAUAACAUAACAAGAUAGCCUUAGAGAAAUUGCAAGAAUUCGUGUUGCGCAACUUUUUCUUAUGUUAUAUUAUGGUUUUAUAUCACUUUUGCCUCGAUGUAAAACGACCCAACAAAUGACUGCGAGUACGGCACUCUAACUGCAUGUUUCUGCGAUGAAACAUUACCUAAUAGAUUUAAAAAAUUACAGUAAAAACAAAAAUUCCAAUGUGCUAUGGCGCUCAAACCUGCUUACCUUACCAAGCCUAAGCAUGAGCUUAGUAAACCUAAUAUUACUAAACCUAAGCCUACUGAACCUAAGCCUAAGUGCUUAAAUUUUUGCCACAAAUAUUAUUAUUGCAGGUGAAAACGGACCCGACUGUUCAGUAAAACCCAACCCAUUAUGUCAAACAACAACAUGGAGUGAAUGGAGUCCAUGUAGCGCUUCAUGCGAUGACGGUGUUCGUGUUCGAACUCGACUGUUCUUCUACGCCGAGCAUGAACAAGAAUGUUCGAACGUGAAUCUAAUGGAAAAAGAAAAGUGCAACGUUUAUUCAUGUCAACGGCUACUCAGUACUUAUUCUGAAGGUAAGAGGAAGACAUUACAAGUAAAAUUAUAUGAAGAUACAACUCUAGGUGUUGAACAGUAAAAAAACUACAAAAAUCUUAAUCUAAAAACUCGAAUAUUUUAGAAAUCUGCCAAGAAGAAAAGGAAGAAGGUCAAUGUGGUGGUACCUUUCCUAGAUACUGGUACAAUAAUCAGACCAACCGAUGUGAAAGAUUCAUCUACACUGGCUGUAAAGGAAACCGAAACCAAUUUGAAACGGAAGAAGAAUGUAAAUUGCUAUGUGUACCUGGGUAUACACACAAUGCUGCGAUUUGUAAGUACUUUACUAAAACAGAAAUCAAUUUUUACCCAAUUUCAAAAAGCCCGGUAAUCACCGUUAUAAUUCCAGUACCAGGACAUCAAAUAUUCAACGCAUUUGACAGCCAUGACAAUAUUGAUGAUGGCGGACCACCAGUACCAUGCCAAAUUUCGGAAUGGUCGGCUUGGGCACAAUGUUCUGUGACCUGUGGUAAGGGAAAGAGGACCAGAACUCGAGCUAUUCAGGUAAUCUUUGAUUAUUAAGACAAAAAGAAUCGACCAUUUUUACUGUAAUAUCAAGUAAAUUGCAGGCUGUACCAAGAAACGGAGGUAACCCUUGUCCACCAUCCGAACACAUGAUCCAAGAGCGGCAUUGCGACAAUCGACCUUGUGGUAAGUUAUCAUUAAGCCUAACUCUGUUACGCCUAAGCCUGAUAAAGAUUGCACUAUGUUUCUCUGAUAUGUGAUAUGCUUAAAAUUCUAUCUUUAGCCCGUUCCUCAUGCCGAGUUGGUCGAUGGUCCUCCUGGUCGCCAUGCUCAACUCAAUGUGGAGAAGGCGUUCAAACUCGUCGACGCCGUGUACAUCGCUAUAACAUAAUCGAUCUGGACGAUCCCUCAUGUUUGGCGUCUGAAUUAGAGCAGCGAAACUGCCGAAUGCCUUGCCAGGGGUAUUAA